AUGGGGCCCCCUACUGACCCCGGGCCCUCGGGCAGUGCCCAAGUUUCCAAAUGGUCAGUCCGCCCCUGCUCACUACUAGGCUAUGCUGAAGGAGGACUGCUAUUGCUGCCAAGCAGGAGCACUCAUACUGCCAAGUCCAGUGCUGCAUCAAUGCCACAUAUCAGUGCCCAUCUGAGCUGCCUUUCAAUGUCACCCAUCAGUGCCAGUCAGUGCCACCUAUCAAUGCCAAUCAGUGCCACCUAUCAGUGCUGCCAAUCAGUGCCACCUAUCAGUGCCAGUCAGGGUUGCCUAUCAGUGCGCAUCAGUGCCGCCUAUCAGUGCCAGUCAGUUCCGCCUAUCAGUGCCAGUCAGUUCCGCCUACCAGUGCCAGUCAGUGCUGCCUAACAGUGCCUGUCAGUGCUGCCUAACAGUGCCAGUCAGUGCCGCCUAUCAGUGCCAGUCAGUGCUGCCUACCAGUGCCAUAUAUCAGUGUCAUGUAUCAGUGCUGCCUUUCAGUGCCCAUCAGUGAUGCCUGUCAAUGCCCAUCAGUGCAACCUACCAGUGCCUCCUCAUCAGUGCCCAUCAGUGCCACCUAUCAGUGCCCAUCACUGCAGCCUCAUUAGCGCACAUCAGUGAAGGAGAAAAAAUCACUUAUUUACAAAAUUGUAUAACAAAAACUAAGAAAAAACUUUUUUUUUUUUUCAAAAUUUUCAGUUGUUUUUGGUUUGUUUAAGAAAAAAUAA